AUGGAGCUGGGGGAGCACAGACCCUGGGUCCUGCAGAGUACCCUCGAGACAGAGUUCCCGUUGCCCCUGUACAGCGACCAGUAUAUAACGCUGUGGGGGCCACGCCAGGCCCCCCUGCUGAAGCAGGCUGUGCGCUGGAAGACCACCCCCAUAGGCUGGGAUGCCGUGGGGCAGAGCUGGUCCACGGGGCUGAACAGCAGGGACAAGGAGGUGGAGGAUCCCUGGUACGCCCUCGCCUCCGGCAUCGCCCACCGCUGCUGGGAGCGGGCCCACGCUGGCCAGGGGGAGCGGGAUCCUCUGCCCCCAGGUACGGAGCUGAGCUGUGGGUUUGAGCUCUGCUCCCUACCCCCAGCUUAUGCCCAGCACCUGCGGGAAGUGGCCUGGUGGGACCCCGUUGUCCCUGCUGCGUACCUGGGACCCUGCACCCGCUGGGGGCCCUUCCUCUGGCAGGAGAGACCCAUCCUGGGGAAGGAGUAUGUUGUCACCCGUAACCAGAGCCCCCGGACACAGGGGGGCAGCUCAGGGUACGUCCCUGCGCUUUCCUUCUGCCGCCCCCUCCUCACCACCCGGGACAUCAGGACCUGGAGCCUCCUCCACCACCAGCCCUCCACCCGCCAGUAA